UCUAAGGACAUGCCUCAUUCACUCCUGCUGCACAGGUUUAAAGGGAGUGCAGAAAGAGAAAGAGUGAGCCAAAGAGGCAUAGGGGAAUUUUAGCAGCUGCUGGAGAGGGAAAAAGGACGAGAGGUGAAAAGUCUUUUCAGUCUUUCUAAGUCAGGUAGAAAGAGUGAGUGUGUGAAGGAGUGAAGCAGGAGAAAGAAGAAAAGUCUAAAGGACUGGGACUACCCAGCAGUGGGAGGUUCCUCCAGGAGGUUAUAGAGAUUUCCAGCAGCUUCCUCUCCUCUCCACUGGGAAUCAGACCCCCAGGAUCCAAAGCCAUGGAGCCCUCUGUGUCACCCGAGGUCGAGGGGGAGCCCAAGGAGAGGAAGAAGAUCCAGUUUGCUGUGCCAGCCUCUGCACCCACCAACCUGGAUCCACGGCAAGUGGAGAUGAUCCGACGCAGGAGGCCAACACCUGCCACACUGUUCAGAGUAGCUGACCAGUCAUCUCCUGAGGAUGAUCAGUCUACCCAUCAGGUAAAGUGGGUUGUAGGAGAGAAUGGAGUUCUCAAGCCAAAACGAGUUAAUCCAAAUGUGUACCAGCCUCCAUCUCUCAAAGCUGUGCAGAAGAUGGCUGAAGCGCAUAUGCAGAAACUAGGUGUCUACCCUCCCUUGGAAGACCCUUGUGAAGGGGAGGAGGAUGAGGACUACUUGAAGGGAGAGGAGGGAGAGGAUGCAGCUCCCACCAAAGCUGCUGACUGCCAAGAGACAGCUAUCACUGAACACCCAGACAAGUUAUCGAGCGUGAGAGAGACAAUGACGCAGAUCCAAGCAGCACAGGAGGAAGACGAGGAGGAGGAAGACGUCAAGGGGGACAAGACUGAAGCCAUGACAGAGGAGAACAGCCGGGGGAGUAACUGAGAAAGAAAGAUAAAGCAGAGAGAAUGUUUGGAGGGAAAAUGUGGGGAUGAACCGAUGGUGGUUAAAAUCUGAAGAACUCAGAAAAAUCAAAAAAAUGGGUUGCAUGUCUUUUUGAAUGCGUCUAGUCUGAGAGAACGGCUGUCGGUAAACUGAAUGAUGGAUUCGUUCAUGACCUUAAACAUGUGAGAUAAGGUUCCUGUAGUACUUCACCUCUAAAGGGUGGUUUGGAAAACAAGGACGGAGAGGGAGUUUUUGCAUUAGUCAGCCCUUACGAGCAGGUGAGGAAUGAUCUACUGACAGAGCAGACUACAGAUGCUACUUUGGCCCUGGUGUCCCUUUGUUUAUAAUGACAGUGGAGGAGCCACGGCCAACGUGACCAAAAACCCUGCAAGACUAGGCCUUCAAAGAGGACCAAAAUGGCCACAAGAAACACAAAGUUGACAUAUUAUCUUUCUCGGGUGCAUUUGAUAAAAAAAUUCUCUUGUAUGACCCUUUAUAAAAAAACACUUGAAGGUCUUUAAAUGUGUGCUGUACGUGUUCCACUUUAUUUUGAAACCACAGCCUACAAUCAUUUGUUUUUGAUUUACAGCAGCCUCAAUGUUUAGCGCUUUGUCCGUGCUGCCAUCUUGUGGUGAAAAAUAGGAACGACGGGUUAAAAGUGCUAAAAGUACUUAAAGUUAAAAUCCAUAAUAUGGUCAUGAAUUCAAAUUCAUAUUCUGUUUAUGCUAUUUAUGUUCUGCAUUUUAAUCAACAGCCUUUUAACUUUGCUGUAUCCAAGCUGUAUGUUGCCAAAUCUUAAAUCUUAUGGAUUAUAAUUUUAACCUCUUGAAUGGUGGCAGUUGGAAAUUUUAUUUGUCAAUGAGAACAGCAGAAGUCAUCAGCUUGAAUUAAAAUCAAUAAUUUCUCAAGCUUCUCAAAUUAUUUCUGUGUUAUAAUCUACGUUUCUUCUCUUGAUCUUUGCUUAGCAGUUACCAAACAGUCGCGCUACAGUCGCUACAUUAAAAAGACUGACGUGGUGUUCAUGCUUUUAGACUCAUGUAUGACUCCUUUAGCUCAAAAAUAUUUGUCUUAAAUUUUAAAUCCAUGAACUCAGUGGCUUGUUUUAUUGCUUUUUUUUCCCUUUUAGACUUAAAUGAGGAUGUGAUUUGAGUAUAUUUAAAAUAAAUCUAUGAAGCUACCUCUAAUUUUUCAAAAAAAAAAAAAACACCCAUCCACUGCUUCUGUGGCCUGCACAUUUGAGCAGGAACUUAUUGGAAAUUUUACAAAAAAAUUAAAAAAUGUUCUCCCUUUUGUAUGUUGACACUUUUGUAAUGUCAUCUUUUUAUCGUUCCCUAACCGUCUAUUGUAAGAAAUAUUUUUCUAAUCCAAAAUCCAGUUAAUGGGGAGCUCAGUUUAGCGCUGUCCUGCUUCUGCUACUUACAUCCAAAUACACAAAUGACUCACAAGCCUGCAUGUAGCAUGCAGCACUGCAACUACUGUGUGACUGACAUUUGGUUCGUUCAGCAUCUAAUUGAACUUUCAGCUUAAUUGAAUAAGCAAAUCUGAUGAAGUUUCUAGUUGUGCCACAGGAUGAAUAAAUCUGUCUGUAUCAUCUGGGCUGCUGUUUGUACAUAAAACUUUGUGAGACUUUUUUUUUAACCUUUGACUUGCCUAAAUUGUGGGAUGACUGGAUGAGCAGGUUGUGUGUAUGUUGAGGCUCUGCAGCCAACACUGUCCUUCCUCCCUCGCUUUAUAUCCACCUCCCUCCUCCUCCCAGGUCAGAAGAAACAAUCGUGGAAAGACAUGUAUGAACUCUUAUUCUUAUGUCUUUAUUUUUCUUUUUUUCCAUUCUGUUGUUUUAUCAAUGUGAUGUGGCUGUUUUAAAGUGAGCAACUGUAUGAUAUUGAAAUAAACCAUUUUUUCUUUUCUCCUUUAA